AUGCCCGACUCAUCUUGGCGGGGGCGGUACCUGGCGGUGCUGCUCCUUCCCCUCAUCUACGGCGGGCUGCCCGCCGUCGGAUCCGCUGCGCUCGCGCCGGCGUGGGCUUCGCUGCGACAGCCGCUGCGACAUCGCCGAGUUGUUGCGCCGCUCGCCGCAAAGCUGCAGCAUCCCUCGCCAAAACCAAUCCGCAGGGUGAAGGCGAACUCAGCCGCGCGCCGAACCAAGGCGCGUCGACCGCUCGGUCGCGGCGAGGGCGCGCUGGCGGCGGCGGAGGUGUGGCGGCGGCGCGGCGAAGGCUUUCUGCGCAACUUCAUCCCGGCGCUCGGCCUCUUCCUGUGGGUUCGCACGUGCGUGGUCGAGCCCUUCUUCAUCCCCUCCCAGUCCAUGGCGCCGACCCUCUCUCCAAACGACCAGAUCGCCGUCGAGAAGUUUUCUCGCCUCUAUGUGCGCGCCCGCCGCCGCACCACAAGCGCCGCACCCAACGCCACUGCGGCCCCAACCGCAGCUGCAGCAAGGACGCGGCUGAUCAAGCGCGUGAUCGCCGUCGGAGGCGAUACAGUGCGGGCGGGCGUGCUCUACCUCAACGGCGCGCCGCGCUACGAGCCGUACGCGCUCGAGGCGCCGACGUACUCGCUGCCGCUGACGACGGUGCCUGCGGGCGCCAUUUUUGUGCUCGGGGACAACCGGAACGUGUCUGUGGACUCGCACGUGUGGGGCUCGCUGCCGAUCGAGAAUAUCAUCGGCAAGGCCUUCUACGUGCUCUACCCAGUCGACCGGCAGGCACGCGACAUGACCACCACGCACACACACAUAUCGCCACACGACACCACACGUCGCCACACCACCGCCACACACCCCUCGCCGCGCGGAGGACACGCCCCGCCCCGCCUCUCGGCGCCGCAGGGCUUCGUCGACCAGUUCAUGCAAGACCUCAAGCUGACGGGCGACACGGGCGCCUUCAUCGAGCGAUUGGUGCCCGACAUCGACCCGCCGCCCACCAGCCGCCCGGCGGGCUGGUCCAAUCGGCCGAGAUGA